AUGCCUCUCACCAAAUGCCCCCCUCCAUCGCGAGUGGAAGAUGGCUUGCCAGCAUCAAGGCAUCGUUGUGACGACAAAGCACCGGCAGCGAGUGUUCCCACUGCUUCAAAGUCCAAACAACCUACAUCAUCAACCAUCAUACCAGAGGCGGCGAGGGACACACUUGACAGCAUCCCAAUAGGCAGAGUCGACUCUUACAAGAUAUUCAACAAGAUUGGUGCAGGAGCCUUUGGCAAUGUGUGGAAUGCGCGCCACCUCCAUACUGGCAAGAUGGUCGCCAUCAAGUCCAUACGCGCUAGUAGAAUGGCGAUUCUACGUGAGGCCGCUCUACUGAUAGCGUGCGCGGGGAACCCUGCCGUGGUGGAGUUGCAAGAGGUGGUGCGCGCCGUGGACAUGGACAAGCUCUACCUCGUCAUGGAGUAUGGUGGGGCUAGCCUGGAUUCCAUCAUCAGUGCGCGCUACCAUGCCGGCCGGCCAUUCACAGAGGAUGAGAUGCGUCGCGUGAUGAGGCGGCUGUUGCAUGGCGUGAAGAUUAUGCACGAGCAUGGCAUUGUGCAUUGCGACCUUAAGCCAGCAAAUGUCGUCGUCAACAAGGAGGAUCCCCGGGGUCGGAUCCUGAAGAUAUGUGACCUCGGCCUUGCUAGGUCGGUGACCUUGCCGCCCCCGGACACCUCAGGGCCUGUACCCGGUACGCUCUGGUACAUGGCACCAGAGCAGCUCAUGGGAGACACGGACUGCAAUGCGGCUGUGGACAUGUGGUCACUAGGAUGCAUCAUGGCGGAGCUCGUCACCGGGAAGCCGAUCUUCCAAGGCAGCAAUGUGUUCAAGCAGUUGCACGAGAUCGUUCACUUCCUCGGGAUCCCUGAUGAGGUGUCAUUGAUGCAGUUGGGCGUGUCCGCCUCAACACCAAGCCAUCUACGAGACGCGGUGCUAGAGGAGCGACUCUCGGCGGCUGGCUUUGAUGUUCUGCGUGGCUUGCUGGAGUUUAACCUGAGCGACAGGCUCACCUCGGCAGCAGCACUCCAGAUGCCAUGGUUGACAUUGAAGGAUGCCGAUGCUCCAUCACCGGCAAGGGCAUGA